GAAAUGAACUGCGCCUCCCCGCCCUCGACACUAGAACACUAGAACUGAGAGACCUGCGUAAGCGCUUUGGGGCUUGUGACUGGUUGACUCUUCCCUAUGAUGGACAUUACAUCCAUGGAUGUCAUCGUAUUUAAGCUUUAGGUAGCCUUCCCUUUAUUAAUUUAGGAUAUCUGUUCUUGUUAUUUCUUUCUUCCUGUCUUCAUUCUAUCCAACCUCAAAUCACCUAUAGACUUCUCUUAGACAAUUCAAGAGAACUUACAAGAGAACCUACAAAGACACCUAGUAUUUGUAUAGAUCAGCUAGCUUGUCAGCUUGUGUAUUUUUUUCGUCCUUGGCGACGAUCUUCGUGUCUCAUACAAUUCAACCUUGAGUCAGCACUCGAGUCAGCUUCGCAACACCAUAAUGUCAGCCGCAGACUAUUACGGUAACAAUGGAGGUGGCUACGCGCCGCCCCAAAACCAAUCCUCAUCACCAUAUCCUUCGCAACCUCAAUACGCCCAACAGCCAAACUACGCCGGCGGUGCGCCUUCGCAGUCACCCUACCCCUCCCAACCCACCUACGCUCAAUCCCCACAAUCGCAAAACUACCUCGCGCCUUACUCCCAGCAAUCCCAGUACGCACGCCCCGGAUCCGCCCACUCGGACGCCGGCUACCCGCCACCAUCCUACGCGGCGAACGACGGGACUCCCCAAGCGCGCCCGCACUCCGCCGACCCCUAUAGCACGGCCCAGACACCCUACGACAACAACCCGAACCGUGCUCCCGGCCAAGAAGGUGAAGAUGGCGAACGCGGUCUCGGCGCGACGCUGAUAGGUGGCGGCGCAGGCGGUUUCUUAGGACAUAAGCUAGGAAAAGGGAAGUUGGGAACGAUGCUUGGUAGCGCUGUGGGUGCCGUGGCGGCGAAUAUGAUUGAGCAUAAGUUCGAGCGGAAGAAUUCGAAUCAGAGCCACCAGAGUCAUCAGAGCCAUGGAAGCCAUGGAAGCCAUGGACACGGUCACGGACACCAUUCACAUCAUGGGAGUCAUGGCGGGUCACCUGCUCCUGGAGGGUAUUAUGGUGGUGGGUAUCAGGGAGGUUCGCCGGGGGGGCAUCAUCACGGGCACCACCAUGGGCAUCAUGGACAUCACAGUCCUGGGUGGUGAAGGAGUGGGGAGGUGAUGUAGAAGGGGGAAGUUAUGAAAGCGGGGAGAUAUACCUGCUAUAUAAAUUUUCCUUGCUAUGGAGAUAACUACAUACCUAGAAUUCCUGCAAUGGCGCUCCGAUUGAUUCCGGUACUAGAUUUCGGGGUUUCUCGAGCUUUCUAUACGACUUAGGGAAAGAAAGAAGGAAAGAAAGAUAGGGGAUAAUGAUGAUGUUAUGAUAGGCCUUAGGCGGGUUUGGUAUCGGGAAUCUGGUCUGGCUCGGUUUGGACCUGCUUGUUGUUAUAUAUCUAUAGGGAGAAAUAGUUUGGAUAAGGGCGGAGUAUGUUUUGAUAGAUGGAUAUAAUGACAUUAUUAUUAUAA